AUGGAUAGUUUACUUAUUUUAAAAAAGACUGUAAGGGUUGUAAUAUGUAAAUAUUGUAGUAAACCACUAAUAAACUCAAAGACCUAUUUUAAACAUCUUAAAUCACAUUUCCGCUGCGGGUUAUGUAAAAUCAAAUUUGUCUCGGAAAAUAGAUAUCUCAACCAUCGUUGUAAAUUUAAAGAAUAUUGUCACGUGCGACUAGAAAUAAUGUGA